AACUUUACAAAUUAUUUGUAUCUUUAUUCAGAUUGAAAGUUGGAUAUAUAACAUUAAAUUAAUAUCCUUGUCUUAAUGGUAUUUCAAAUGUAGGGUAGAGGGGUUUCAUCAGUUUUAGUAAGAGAGAAAGGAACUUUUAUGAUAUACCCAGUGUCAUUUGAUCAACAAAUGCACAUGAGAUUAAUGGGUUUAGUAAUAAAUGCGUAACAUGGUGAUAGAUUAAAUUAUCAGAAAUUUUUGGAAAAAAGUGAGUUUAGGAAUAAUGACAUCACUACAGAAACUCUCUGAAAAGGAUGAUGCUGUUUGACAACGAUUUGCAGGAAAUGGGGGAGGAAUGCAGGGAAACUCGUGAAUAUCAACUGUAAAAAAGCAUUAUCCUUCACGUGGUUCGAUUUCCCAUGAAUAUGAUACAUAAAAGAAAGAUUCUCCAUGCUCUUUGAACUCAAGCAACUGUUUGAUUCAUUCUAGGAUUUCAUGGUACCUGUGAGCUCAGAAUCAGAAGCACAAAUGGUGGAUUCAAAGGGGUUUCUCACAUAUCUCUGUUACUUCAUCUUCUUCCUCCCUGUCUUUGUUCUUCUCUUUGCUCUUGGCAUCAUCAAAGGUGGUAUUUUCAGUCCCUUUGUGUUUCUGGUAAUAGCUUUUGGGGACAUAGGUGUUGUGGUAGGGCUAUGGCCUUGUCAUCUUGUUUGGACUGUUUACUGUAUAGUGAUGUUUGUUUCUUUACUCUGUAUUAUUCGAGCUGAAAGGAACUAGGAAGAUUGCGCUGUUUGGUUUCUCAGAACGGGAAAGAAGAGCAAAAAAAAUUUGAAUCCUAAGUAAACCCUCUUCUCAUCUGUGUCCGAUAGAAGGGGUUGUUUGGUGUAACUCUUUUCCUUUCUGGAAGACAACAUGCCGUAUGAUUAAGAUUCAAAAUUUUCCUCUUUUUGUUUUUUUUCCCAGCUACCAAACAUGUGAAUACAGAAGGAAACCUUCCGUUUCAACAUUUAUUUGUUUAUAUUCAAUUAAUUCACUGACUCAAUGUAACUUAUGAAGAACAGGACAAAGAAAUUUGAUCCAUAUUUGAAGUGCCUAUUGAUUCUUAUGGUCCCAAUUCCAAUAGCAUUGUGGACAGUUGUUGGGGUGGUUGGUAGUGUGAUUAUGGGAAUUGGUUAUGGUUUCAUUUGCCCUGUGAUGGAUACAUUCAAGGCUGUUAGCAUGGAAGGUGUUUCUUUACGAACAAAAUUGAUCAGAUGCUUCACGGAUGGUACUUGGAGCAAUGUUUGGGGUGCCUGCACAAUUGUCCGUGAUUUUGCUGAUUUUUCUUUCCAUUCCUACUUCUCAGUGAUGGAUGGAUUGCUUGAAUCAAAAGGGGAGAAGCCCAUAGAACUAAAGGUUUUCGAGAUACCAGGUUGCAUUUUAUGUGCAAUUCUCGGAGUUCUGGUUGACGUGCCUUUUAUAACUCUGAUAGUCCUCUAUAAAUCCCCCAUCUUGCUGUUCAAAGGGUGGAAUCAGUUACUGCAUGAUCUUAUUGGAAGGGAGGGGCCUUUCUUUGAAACCAUCUGUGUCCCCUUUGCAGGGCUUUUGAUUUUGUUGUGGCCAAUUGUGGUUGUUUUAGCUGCUUUGGCUGGAGUUAUUUCGAGUUUCUUCUUUGGCUGUUAUGCUGCUGUUAUUGCAUAUCAGGAAAGCUCUAUAAAGAGGGGGUUGCUAUAUAUAGUUGCAUCUAUGUCAUUGUUUGAUGAGUCCACCAAUGACUUCCUUUACCUACGAGAAGGAUCCUGCUUUCCCAGACCAAGAUAUCGCAAGCAGCUGACUUAUAGUCCAACACUGGUGUCUGUAAAUGGGCUGAAUGAACAGCUCCAUGCCAAUGAACCUCUUGUAAGGACAACUUCUGAGAAAAAGAGGGCACUUAGUGCUGUGAUGAUAUGGGAUAACUACUUCAAAGCAUGUGAGCACACCGGGAAAGAGCUUCUCAGAGCUGGAGCUGUUGGGAUGCCAGAUCUGGAGACAUGGCGAAAUUCAAAGAACAAGAUAAUUAAUAUUGGAAUUCCUGCUUAUUCGUUUCUGGAAUGCUUCCUUCACUCUAUCAAGAGUGGUUCCCCUGGAUUUCUCAUGCGUGACAAUGUUGAAUUAACAAGUUUGAACAGACCUGAGGGAAGGGUUUUUGACUGGAUGUUUGAGCCCAUGAGCAUCAUGAAAGAGCAGCUCAAGAGCCUAAAUCUAGUGGAGACUGAAGAAUUAUACCUCUACAAAUUUUCUCUGUACCAUGGUGAUAGAGAAAGAAUGGAAGCUUGGCAAAAUGGCGGCUUCCCACCAGAAGAUGAGAUUAGGAGAGCUCAGUUAGAGGGUAUUAGUAGAAGGCUGCAAGGAUUUUGUUUGACACUUUCAAUUCUACCGACAUCCAGGCGCUGGUUUGAUGGAGUGGUGAAAGAGAUAGAACAAGAAGCAAGGCGGGGAUUGGAUGGGUUUGAUGCACUUGAUGAUCCAACAGCAGUUGUUUAGGAUGUUUUUUUUUUUUUUUUUUUGAAAUUUAAACAAUAAGCUUUGAUGAUCUGAAAUUUUUUUUCUUCUUCAAAUUGGAAUUAUAUAUUUUUACAUUGCAGUCAUAUCUGAUACUCGUAAAGUGCAUCUUCUUCUUUUU